GUUUAUGAGUGAAUGGCAGUCACAUGGUUCCGACUGUCAUUCUGCCCUUCAGAAUGCGAACAUGGCCGCCUCCGGGAGCAGCGGGAAGACAGCUGGGGAGCUUUUGAAGAUUCUGCCCCGAGUGUCCCUGGCCAAUCUGAGACCAAACCCCGGAGCCCGGCACAGGGAAAGACAACGAGGUCGUGGAAGACAUGGUGGCAGAAAAAGUGGUAGAGGCCACAAAGGAGAAACCCAAAGAGGAAACAAACCUCGUCUAGGAUUUGAAGGCGGGCAGACACCUUUCUACUUGGCUAUCCCAAAGUAUGGAUUCAAUGAAGGACACAGCAACCGUCGCCAGUAUAAGCCGCUAAGUCUAAAGAAGCUCCAGUACCUUAUUGACCUGGGAAGGGUUGAUCCCUCACAACCAAUUGAUUUAACUCAGCUGGUCAAUGCUAGAGGAGUGACCAUCCAGCCGCUAAAAAGGGAUUAUGGCGUGCAGUUGGUGGAAGAGGGAGCUGAUUUGUUUUGUGCCAAAGUUAACAUUGAAGUCCAGUGGGCAUCAGAGCUGGCGAUUGCAGCCAUUGAAAAAAAUGGUGGCGUUCUAACAACUGGUUUCUAUGAUCCACGAAGCCUUGAAGUUCUGUGUAAACCAGUCCCAUUUUUCAUGCGUGGUAAACCUAUUUUCAGACGAAUGCUUCCACCAGAGGACUUGGUGAAAUAUUAUACAAAUCCUGAAAAACGUGGUUACUUAGCAGAUCCCCUAAAGGUUGCCGACGCAAGAAAGCGACUAGCUCAGAAAUAUGGUUAUUUCCUUCCUGAUAUUACCAAGGAUGAACUGUAUGAACUGCUGUGCCAGCGCAAGGAUCCUCGGCAGAUAUUCUUUGGCCUUGCUCCAGGCUGGGUGGUCAACAUGGCCGAAAAGAAGAUCUUGAAGCCUACAGAUGAGCGGUUACUGGAAUAUUACAGUUCUUAAGUGACCACAACUGUCACAUGGUCCAGUGUGUAUAAUAAAACUUUUUUUUGCUAUA